AUGGCCUACUCGCCUCCACAACAACAGCAGUCAGAGCCGCUUAAGCGACGCAGAAUUACCCGUGCUUGCGAUCGGUGUCACCGCAGCGGCGUCAAGUGCUCAAGAAGCCCGACUCCUGGCAUCUGCGGCCCGUGCGCCGCCUUCGGCUCUGAAUGCACGUAUCAGCGGCCAGUCAAGCGGCGAGGGCCAGUUCCUCGGGCCCUGUCGGCCAAGACUACCCUAAGCGGAGCAUCUCAGUCGCAAGUGGUCUGGAAGUAUGAGUCCGUCAGUACGCCCGAAGCGAUCGAGACACUGGUCGAUGCGUAUCACCGCAUCAUUUACCCAAUCCUCCCUUUCUUCCACUGGCCGUCCUUUUACGCUCAUAUCCGCGUUCGGAGGUACAUGCAUGAUCGGGCCUUUUAUGCUGUGACUAUGGCCUUGUGCGCCAUCACGAGCGCACGCAUGCGCGACGGCGCAAGCUUCUUGCUGGACGCUGGAGUAAAGGCGCCUCUGUCUGCGGAUGUGCCCACAAGCGAGGCAUUUUACGAGGCAGCAAUACGUACCUUCCCGGCCGACCUAAGCCAGGCGUCCGAGUUCGACUAUAAGCGCGCCAAGGUCAUUCUCGCCAUGCUCUGCAUCCAGUUUGGCAACGUGCGCCAGCUCACCACACAUCUUGGCGACUACAUGACGCUGAGCAGUAUCGACAACUUCCACCUCGAAGCUCGUUGGCCAGCAAAUCUUCCCGAAACCGAAGUGCAGGAGCGCCGGCGACUGUUCUGGGGCGCAUACACAAUCGACGUCUACGCAGCAACCACUUUCGGAGGCGUGGUGCGGCACCGUGAGGCGCAGUCCACAGUGCUUUACCCUGCCCUUGUUGACGACGACGAAAUUACGGAGAGAGGGAUCGUGCCUCGCAUUCAUGGGGCCACCCGCCCAUCAUACCUUGUAGGGUGGAACUUUACCACGGACCUGUACAGGAUUCUCGAGCAUUCCCUCGACCAACUCCGGGCGAAGCAUCUCAACGCCAAUGGCACGUCCGACAUUACCAACUUUUUCUCGACACGGUCGGGCUCAACGCAGCAAGAAGGCCUGGACCUUGUGGCACAGCUGUAUGCCAAGCUACCAGAAGACUUCAAAGGCGCGAAGGCCAUGACUGGUGACAUGAAGGAGGACCGCUACGGAUUCCAAGCUGCGGACAUCAUGGUGACGAUGCAGACCGUCAAGAUGGUCAUGCUUGGGCUCGAGGAUGCGACAGUCGAGCGUCGCUGUGCCGUCGCUGGCGAGCUCCUGGACGCGCUGUCGAAUGUCCCGACUGCCUACAUCCAGGCUAUCAGCUCUCCGAUCAUGCAUCACCUUGCUGGCGUCGGACACCUGUUAGGCAGUGUUAUCCAGUCACCGUUGUCGCCAUGGGCCUAUCUCCAAGUGCGCAAUGUCCUCAUAACCAUGGCGAACCUUGUUUCCGACCUCGAGACGUCGUUGUCAAACAUCCAAGGUAUCGGCAACAAGCUGAAGGACCAUGUCAACCGCAUCGACCAAUAUAUGCACGCAACUGCAGACCACCAACGACGUGCGCAUGUGUACCAUAGCACGCUCCCCCCAAAUGCGUGGGGUGGCAGCUCUGGCCAGUUGCCCCAGAUGCCGAGCAGCGACAUGCGCGCCGAGAGACCACAGGGCAUCUCUGUCGCGUCAUCUCUGUCCCCCGAGAGCGCCACGCCAUCGUGGAACAAUCCCUCCCCGAGCUUCAGCAACCCCAAGAACGUCCCCUACCCCAUGGCGCCCGACAUGUUCGAGUUCAGCCUGCCGCACAUGGCGCCCGACACUCAGGUCCAGCUCCCGACCGACCUCUUCCUCGACCUGUCCUUCGAGUUUGGCUCCGAGGGCUUUGACUUCCUCUCGCUCGGGUUGUAA